CACGCGGCCACUCUCUCAGCCCCUCCUCCCCCGACCGCCGCCGCCACCGCCUCGUGACUUCCCGAACCGUCUCGCCGCCUACCCCCGCCGGCCGCCGGUGGCUGAAGCAGGCGCUGCCCGGUAGGCCACACCGCCUCCAACCCUAAGCGCGCACCAGCGGAAUCGCCGCGACUCCGAGCCGCUCGAAGCGGGAGGGAGGGGGACCAUGGAGUCGGAGGUAGUGAGGGCGGAGAUGCUGCUGGCGCCGACGAUGGCGUUCAAGAAGGUGCAGACGGCCGACAAGUACCCCAAGGGCCAGUCCCGCGGCCGCCAGUGGAAGCACCUCCGCCACCUCCUCCAGGCCGCCGACGCCACCUCGCUGCCCCCGGACCGCCCCAACUAUUUAAAUAUUCAGUCACCCCCAUCCGUUUAUCCACCAAAGAGAUAUUGUGACGUUACAGGCUUUGAGGCACCAUACAUGGAUCCGAGGACGAAGCUGCGCUACGCUGACCCAGAGGUCUUCAGGCAGAUCAGAAUGCUUCCCGAAGAAUACGUCCAGAGGUACCUGGCUGUGAGGAACGCAGCGGUUGUACUACGAUAACAAGAUCCCCGCCUUACCGUGCCUGUUCUUACUAGCCAAUGCCCCGCUCUUUGAUCUGAAUAGGCAUCAUCCUUUUCCUCCUGAUCGCGUCGCUAGCUCACUAGGCUACUGAACCCUUGUGCAAUUGAGAGAGAUAUUUUGCUUCUGUGUACUGUCAUCGACGUGCCUUUUGUGCCACUCUGCCCUGUUGUUAUUCC